ACGUGGAGUGAGCCCUGCCCCCUUGACAAGACUUCUCGAUCUCUUCUGCAAUGGCCAAGAAACGCUCAGCCUUUGCUAUUUACCAGCAAUUAAAGACUCAGGAGGACAUGGAGGAGGUUAAAGAGUCACAGCAUUCUUCAGGGAGCUCUGCUGAGGUGCUGAAAGAGGUACCAAGGAAAAGAAAGAGAGAACAGAUUGUCAAGAAAAAGAAAAGGCCAAGAGUUGAUUCUGAUGAGGAUGUUGUCGAAUCAAAAAAAUCGAGAAAGGUUAAGGAACGAGCGGAGCGGAUGAAAAAGCUGGGAAAGCAAGUGAAAUCAUCAGGCAAGCGAGGAGAUGGUGUUGGGGAUCGACCUAUCAGGAAAAAAAAGACACAUGUAACAACUCACAAAAAAUCUGACAGGAAAAUGGAGAGUACUAGUAGCUCAGAGCUCUCGGUGGAGAAUGGCAAAGGAGGUGAUAUGGUGGCCGAGAAUGACCAAUUGGAUGGGGACGAGAUCAGUGUUCACAUUCCAUUCCGUUUCCAGUUCAAACCCAACGAAUUCGAGGACAGUCGAGAUGCAGCCACAGAUCUGUUCAGGCUGGUCAUCAACCCUGUAUCCACUGAGCAAUUCUUUGAGCAAAUCUGGGAGAAAAAACCUCUUGUUGUGCAUAGACACCAGAAGGACUACAACUCAGGCUGGUUCAGUACACAAGAGCUGGAUACAAUUCUCAGAGAGAAUGACGUGGUUUUUGGGACUAAUAUAGACGUCACUACCUAUGAGGAUGGUGAGAGACAGACACACAACCCCGAGGGACGAGCACACGCCUCUACAGUCUGGGAGUACUUUCAGGGUGGUUGCUCAGUACGUCUUCUGAACCCAGCUACUUACUCUAAAUCUGUCUGGUUGCUGAAUUCCACCCUACAAGAGCAUUUCAAUAGCUGUGUGGGAGCAAAUAUUUAUCUGACCCCUGCUGAUACCCAAGGGUUUGCUCCACACUAUGAUGACAUAGAGGCCUUUGUCCUUCAACUAGAAGGGAGAAAACACUGGAGAGUGUAUGCCCCAAAAACUACUCAAGAUAUGCUGCCACUCUCCUCAAGCGGAAAUUUCUCUGAAGACGACGAUCUAGGCCCUGUUGUAAUAGACACCAUUCUCGAACCUGGCGACCUACUGUACUUUCCAAGAGGGUUUAUUCAUCAAGCUAGCACACUACCUGAGUCUCAUUCCUUGCACAUCACUGUGUCUACCUACCAAAAAAACACUUGGGGAACAGUCAUUGAAAAGCUCUUACCCUCAGCUUUAAAAAAUGCUAUGGUUGAAGAUGUUGAUUUCAGGAGAGGCCUCCCUUUAGAUUGUACACGCUUCAUGGGCAUAGUCAACUCAGACAAGGAUGACCCAAGACGAGUACAAUUUUGCGAGAAAAUUUCUGAAUUGAUGGCCAAACUAAUCGAUUACGCCCCAGUGGAUACUGCUGUAGACGAGGUUGCAACAGACGACAUUCACAACUCCUUGCCUCCUGUGCUGACUCAAAGUGAGAACCAAAGCAGCGUUGUUGGACGGGGAACCAGAUGGAUCGGUGGUGAUGUUGAAGAGGGGAUUGUUUUGACACCUGAUACUCAAAUCAGGCUAAUUCGUUUUGGAUCUGUUAGACUAGUGAUAGAAGACGGUGAAACCACUCUUUAUUACACCCUACAAAAUUCCAAGAUCUAUCACGAGAAGGAGCUCAUAGGGAUGCAAAUUCAUGAAAAUGAUGCCCCGGCUAUGGAUUACCUGAUCAAUGCUUACCCUGAGUAUGUGGCUAUCUCUGAACUGCCUAUCGAAGAUGGAACUGAUGAAGACAAGGUGAAUCUGAGUCACAAUUUGUACAGUCAGGGAUUGCUAAUGACCGAACUUCAUUCAGAAUAAAUGACAAUAAUAAAUUAUUUAUGCUGUUUUGAUUCAAAUACUGAAAAAUGUGAUAAAUUUUGUUCUGACUUCCCUC